AUGUCCGGUUACUACAACAACGACCAGUACAACCAGGGCUACGGCCAGCAGCAGGGUGGUUACCCUCAGCAGCAGGGUUACGGUCAGCAGGGCUACUCUCAGCAGGGUGGCUCCAACGAUUACUACAACCAGCAGCCCCGGCACCAGGAGCAGCAGGGUUACGGCCAGCAGGGCUACUCCCAGCAGGGUGGUUCCAACGACUACUACAGCCAGCAGGGCCAGCAGUCCCAGCAGCACUACGGUGGCGAGCAGCAGCAGCACCAGUACGGCGAGGACGCCUCCCGACAGGGUUACUACAAUGAGCAGCAGUCUGCUCCCGGUCAGGCCCAGGAUGGCGAGCGUGGUCUCGCUGGUGCCCUUGCCGGUGGUGCCGCUGGUGGUUUCGCCGGCCACAAGGCCAACCACGGCUUCCUCGGAACGAUCGGUGGAGCCAUCAUGGGCAGCAUUGCCGAGGACGCUAUCAAGAAGCACCGCAAGCACGAUGAGAGCCCCCAGGGUCCCGGUGGCCCCUACGGUGGUCCCCCCGGCCCUCCUUCCCACAACAACAGCGGCAUGAUGGACCAGCUCGGUGGCUUCUUCAAGCGCUAA